UACAAAAAAAUAUUUUAACCCAUCUGCUAUGUUUGGGUCAAUUUGACCCAAUUUUCAGUAAAACUCGUCGAAAUUCGCGUGUUACUCUAGUCGUAUUGUAUUGAUUCUUCUUCUAUUUGUUAACUGCAGUAAAAGGAAUAGAUAAAUAUGAAAUUUAAAAUAAUAUCUGUUUUUUAUGUUGCUGGAGGAUGCCAAAUGUAAUUUCAUUACACUUAUUACGUUGUUGGGUCAAUUUGACCCACCUAGUAUUUUGAAACAUUUUGCCGUUUUUUAUUACAUCACUCGAUCAAAAACGCCGUCAAAGAAAGCUAGUUAUCGGAAAUCGAGUUGCACAGCUCUAUGUUUAUAUAUUCUCGAUAAAUUUAUAGCCUUUUCGAAAAAGGGGAACUCCCGUUUUAUGCACCUGUGCAAAGAGUAAGUGUAGAUUGUUUGCUUAGUUAGUAAUUUUUUGUCGCGCAGUAAGGAGCUUAUCAAAGUUUUUAUAAAGAAAGUGAUUGCUAAAUAUAUAUUUAUACAAUGUCCCAAAGGAAGAGAAAACUAAGUAUUGAAGAAAUACACCAAAUUAUUAAUUCUGAUGCUGAGGAUAUUUUCGACGAAAGUGAUAGCGAUGAAGACUUUGUACCUAUUGCAGAAAAUGAAACGGACGAUUCAAAUACUUCAUCCAGUGAAAGUGAAGUAGAUGUCGGUUUUGAAGGUAGCAAUGCGACAGAAGAAGUCAAUUUGCCAAAUAUUUUAUUGAAAGAUAAGAGCAUAAUAUGGCAUGAUCAGCCACUUCCAAUUUCAAGAGGCAAAAUUCCUCGAAAUCAAAUUUUAUGUCGAAGUCCUGGCCCAUCAAAGUGUGCUAUUUCUAUGGUCACAGAUAUAAAAUCCUCUUUUGAUAUUUUCAUGCCCUCAAGUAUAAAAAACACAGUGGUAGAAAUGAGCAACAUCAAAGGAUUGCAGCUUUUUGGAGACAAUUGGAAAAUUAUAGACCUUAUAGAAUUGGAAGCAUACAUAGGAUUGCAAAUCUUAGCAGGAGUAUACAAAUCGCACAAUGAAAGUCUAAUUCAUUUGUGGGAUGAAAAUAAUGGCAGACCAAUUUUUCGGGCCACAAUGAGCUUGGAAAGACUUAUGAACAUAUCACGAUGCCUUCGUUUUAACUCCGCUGCAGACAGGGAUGAGAGAAGACAGCGUGAUAAAUUAGCACCUAUAAGAAACAUUUGGGAUCAAUUGAAUCGGCAGCUCAGGUCAUAUUAUCACUUACAUGAAAAUGUAACAAUAGAUGAGCAGUUAGUACCUUUUCGUGGUCGUUGCAGCUUCAGGCAGUACAUUCCAUCGAAGCCCGCAAAAUACGGCCUAAAAAUAUGGGCUCUAUGUGAUUCAAAAAGUAAGUAUGCCUGGAACAUGGAAGUUUAUUUAGGACGGGCAAGAAAUACGCAACCGGAAAGCAACCAAGAUAAUGCAUUUAUAAAUUGGCUUUUUGUAUGUCUCAAACCUAUGUACAGUAUAAAUAAACCGUCUCUAUACAAAUAUUUUUAGGUGAACGUGUUAUUCUAUCCCUAUCAGAACCCCUUCCCAGAGGUCACACUAUUACUUGCGAUAACUUUUUUACGACGUACAAUCUCGCCGUUUAGCUACUUCGCAGGAGCAUUACUUUAGUCGGUACAGAGAGGAAAAAUAAGCUUUUUUUGCUACGAGAAAUUGUCGACAUGAAGGAAAAGAACAUUUUAGAAAGAAAAUUUUUAUUUACGUAGUAUGUAACUAUUGUAUCGUACGUCCCAAAAAAAUAUAAAUUUGUUGUAGCAUUGAGCUCCUUUCACCAUUCUCCACUUGUUGAUGAGGAUAACAGAAAAAAACCUGAAAUAAUACUUUACUAUAAUAAAACAAAAAUUGGUGUGGAUCAGCUGGUUGCUAACUAUACAUGUAAACGUCAGACCAAACGUUGGCCAGUUGCUCUCUUUUCGAAUAUGUUAGAUAUAUCGGCAUAUAACGCAUACGUAAUAUGGACAGAGAUAAAUCCCUCCUGGAACACCAACAAGCUUUAUAAGCGAAGACUUUUUCUUGAAGAGCUGGGAAAGCAAAUGGUCGAACCAAAUAUUGUCCGCAGAGAGAGACUGCCACGAGGAAUCGCUGCUAAGAAUAUAGUAAAAAAUAUUCAAGAAAACUCCAAAUCUGCAGAAGAAACGUCUACUUCUAAUAUAGGGUGAUUUUUUAAGAGCUUGAUAACUUUUUUUUAAAAAAAAACGCAUAAAAUUAGAUUGGUUCAUGACAUUUACUUUUUGAAGAUAAUUUCAUUUAAAUGUUGACCGCGGCUGCGUCUUAGGUGGUCCAUUCGGAAAGUCCAAUUUUGGGCAACUUUUUCGAGCAUUUCGGCCGGAAUAACCCGAAUUUCUUCGGAAAUGUUGUCUUCCAAAGCUGGAAUAGUUGCUGGCUUAUUUCUGUAGACUUUAGACUUGACGUAGCCCCACAAAAAAUAGUCUAAAGGCGUUAAAUCGCAUGAUCUUGGUGGCCAACUUACGGGUCCAUUUCUUGAGAUGAAUUGUUGUCCGAAGUUUUCCCUCAAAAUGGCCAUAGAAUCGCGAGCUGUGUGGCAUGUAGCGCCAUCUUGUUGAAACCACAUGUCAACCAAGUUCAGUUCUUCCAUUUUUGGCAACAAAAAGUUUGUUAGCAUCGAACGAUAGCGAUCGCCAUUCACCGUAACGUUGCGUCCAACAGCAUCUUUGAAAAAAUACGGUCCAAUGAUUCCACCAGCGUACAAACCACACCAAACAGUGCAUUUUUCGGGAUGCAUGGGCAGUUCUUGAACGGCUUCUGGUUGCUCUUCACCCCAAAUGCGGCAAUUUUGCUUAUUUACGUAGCCAUUCAACCAGAAAUGAGCCUCAUCGCUGAACAAAAUUUGUCGCGAAACACAUUUCGAACCGAACACUGAUUUUGGUAAUAAAAUUCAAUGAUUUGCAAGCGUUGCUCGUUAGUAAGUCUAUUCAUGAUGAAAUGUCAAAGCAUACUGAGCAUCUUUCUCUUUGACACCAUGUCUGAAAUCCCACGUGAUCUGUCAAAUACUAAUGCAUGAAAAUCCUAACCUCAAAAAAAUCACCCGUUAUUUCUGCCAGAAAUGAAUCCACCAAAAAACGACAGCUUCUGUCAUCAUACAAAAAAUUCGAACAAAUAUUUAGCUGUUUAUAGUACGUGCCAAAAAUUUGUUUGCAAGGAAUACAGCAGCUUAUUUUGUGAAAAUUUCUGUUAAAACAUACAUAUCUCAACUAUUUUCUACAAUUAACAUACACUUAACUUGAUUCAAAUAAAAAAAUAUGAACUCUAUUAAUAAAAUAGUGUUAUUAGUGGAGUUUUCAUAAGUGGGUCAAAUUGACCCAAAACACUAUAUGUGUAAUAUUUUCCUAACAUAGCAGAAGGGUUAACUCUUUUUCAUAAUUUUGUUUUCGUUUUCGUUUUAUGUAUUUCAUUUGUUUUAUUUUUUUUUUUGAAUAUAUACAUAUGUAUGUAUAAGUUUUUUAACACAUUAAAAAUAUUUCAAUUCUUUUUCUUUUUAAUAUUUUUCGCUUUUGUUUUAUUUAAUUUUUUUCAAUAUAUAUUUUUUUUUAGACACAUGUGAAAAUUACGUUUCUUUUUCGAAAGAUAAAAAAAAAUGAUGAAGAAUAAGGCAGGUAGGACGCUUUACUACUUUAUGUUGAAAGUUGGUUUUAAUUUUGUUACUAUGUUUUUUUUUUAACUGUGAAUUGGUUUCGUUGGUUUCGCAAAAAUAUCUGUUUUUAACUUGCUUUUUUCACAAAACGGUUGUAAAAAAAAUUUUUCGUUUUUCACCAAAAAAACUUUCUUCUUCUUAUUUUUCACUGUUGCUUUCGUCUUUUUUUUGUUUUUUAGAAAUUUAUUUCAAACUUUUUGCACUUUUGUUUCGUUUUUUAUAGAAUUUUAUACUUUUUCGCAC